AUGGCAGGAUUCCAGAAUUUGGGGGUUGCGAAAUGGCUAGACGAGGCCCUAGCAGCGAUGAAAAUUAUCACUCCCACCGCGAUUCAAGAAGCGUCGAUUCCAAAGAUUUUACAAGGCCAUGACUUCAUCGGUGGGGCCAAAACUGGGUCUGGUAAGACCGUUGCCUUUGGGGCUCCGAUUUUGACGAAAUGGUCUGAAGAUCCUUGUGGGAUCUUUGGGUUGAUCUUGACUCCAACUAGAGAAUUGGCCAUGCAAAUCGCUGAACAAUUCUCGGCCCUUGGUGCAUCAAUGAAUAUCAAAGUAUCGAUCAUUGUUGGCGGCGAGGACAUUGUAAAACAGGCUUUGGAAUUGCAAAGAAGGCCGCAUUUUGUCAUUGCCACCCCAGGUAGAUUAGCAGAUCAUAUCAUGAAUAGUGGUGAAGAUACCAUUAGAGGGUUGAGAAGAGUCAAGUACUUGGUACUUGAUGAAGCUGAUAGACUUUUAAGCGACAGUUUCCAAAAAGAUAUGAAGCGUUGCUAUGAUAUAUUACCGACUAACAGACAGACUUUGGUGUUUACCGCGACAGUUGAUGAUAACGUACGAAACUUGCGAGAAGAGCUUGGGGCAAACAACAAACCAGAAGUUAUUGUUCACGAAAUUGAAAAUAUUGACAAUGUGGCGAUUCCAAAGACUUUGGAUAUUUCCUAUGUUUUCAUCCCCAUGCAUGUUAAGGAGUCCUAUUUGCAUAGCAUUGUAACUCAUCCAGAUAAUGAAAACAAGAGUAUAAUUGUGUUUGUGAACCGUACCUAUACUGCAGAAUUGAUCAGAAGAACUUUAAGACAUCUUGAUCAGAGAGUAACGUCAUUGCAUUCUGAAAUGCAGCAAACCGAAAGAGUAAACUCAUUGCAUCGGUUCAAGGCUGAAGCCGCGAGAAUUCUUGUUGCCACAGAUUUAGUCUCCAGAGGUUUAGAUAUCCCUACUGUCCAAUUGGUUAUUAACUACGACAUGCCUCAGGAUCCAGCAGAUUACAUUCAUAGAGUUGGUAGAACUGCAAGAGCAGGUAGAAAAGGUGAGAGUAUUAGUUUUGUCACUGACCGGGACGUGGAAAAAGUCUUGCGGAUUGAGGAAAGAAUUGGGAAGAAAAUGGAUAAAUACGAGAAGGUCAGUGAUAAUAGAGUCAUUAAUAACUCGUUGACGAAGACCACAAAGGCUAAAAGAGAGAGUAUGAUGGAGAUGGAAAGUGAAGGCUUUGGGGAAAAAAGAAAGAUUAACAGACGGAAGCGUGAACGGAGUGGGGGAAAUAACCAACACAAGGUCAGUAAACCGAAAAACAAGAAGUCUACUAAAACCGCCAAUUAA